GUUGAAUGAAACCCCUUAAUUAAUAAUCACACUUACGUUUUGCAGAAGUCAGGAGGUCGAUUCCCAUGAAGAAUUACCGUUCUUUCCUCCGCGGCCCAACAGUAGCUGCAACAUUAUACAGUGUGUAUGAGAUUACAUGACUUCAGGACUUAUAAAAUUGUAGUUAUUACUUUUUACAUAUGGUAUUUUUCUACGGCUGUUUAGAUUUGUGCUAAAUUAUCUUGCCUUUGUUUGUCACGGGGAACAAAGCCGUGCAUUUAUUUAAAUUCGUGAAAAAAUUCACAGCGGAUAAUCACUUUUAUGGCCAACCAAAAGCGUCGACUGCAAAUGUUUAGAUUGAAAUUGGAAGCUAUGACAAUGUGUGCUAUUUUCACAUGAUUCAUUUCCUUUGGGAAAUCGCCAAAGUAUAUAUGGCCUCAAGGUCAUUGUUUGUGAUCCUUCUGUAGAAUUUGACUUUGUUAUGGCCAUUGGACUCUAUCAAUGGCAGAAUUUACCCAAGAUAUUUUGGAAUUUUUGCAAAGAAAUCAUUUUACAGAUGCAUUAGCUGCAUUACAAUCUGAGUUGGCUGACCAAAAGAGUUCAUAUGGUCAUGGUUUUCUCAACGAUUCAACUUGUCUGUCUCCACAAAUGAAUAGACGAGGAUCCAAUGAAAACCAUGGCAGAGAGCAGAGAACUAAGUUGAGAGAUGAUGGAUCUAUGGACAUUAAAAGUUUUAAACCAAAUAAUUUAACUGCAUACACAACCUCUGAGAAAGGAAUAUCAAGGACCUUGAAAGAUGAAUAUGAUUCUGAAGCUGAAAAUUCAGGAUUCCCUUGUUCGUCUUCCAAGGCUUUGUCAAACAAACAGAUGGGUUCAGAAUUUAGAGCCAGGGAACUGGAAUGUGACUCAUCAAACCAUGAAUCUUAUAGGGAACUUGGAGUUGCAAACAGUGAAGGAACCUUGUAUGAAAAUGAACAAAUACCUAUCUCGGUGAAUGGCUAUGCAGAUGGAGCAUUGGAACAAUAUAAAACUUCUCAUGAACAAAGACAGCUACAAGAUUCAGCAGGAACCAGUGAAGAGAAACUCAUGCUUUACAAAGGUCAUGUGCAGUUUGGAAAUAGUAUUGAUUAUAGUUUUCCAGGGGAUCCAAAGUUGGGUUUGAGUGGAAUUUCUAUUGAGAAAACAAGAAUUGUAAAAGAAUUAGGCAAUAACAUGAUUGAAGCAAAGGGGAACUUUGAUGAGACACAAGAUGAAGAAAUCCUUAAGCAGGAUAUACCAGAGGUGCAAUAUUCACCAAGAAAAAUACAUAGCAGAGAAGAUUUGUGGGAUCAAAUAGGAACUAUUUCACAGCCAGAUGAUAAGAACCAUGCCUUAAAGGAAGUGGACCUGGAUUUGAGAUUACAUGGAAGGGACUACAACUUCUCCAGACAUGACAAGAAAACUUCAGGGCCUCAAAUUGGAAAUGAUAUGCUUGAUUUAGAACCAAACAUCAAAUCCCAUGGUAAGUUUGAUCAAGGAAAUGGGAUGUUUGUUCAAGAAAAUGUAUUGGCACAUGAGAUCGCAGAAGAAUGUUUUGCAGAAGAAACAGGAUAUAGGAAAAAUAUUGGUCCCUUGAAGGAAGUUCCUCUUAAGACAGCAUUUCCAUUUUCCCUUAAUGAGGUAUUUGUUAAUAAUGAACAACUAUUGCAAAGUCAGGCACUUGGAGAAGUGGCUUGGGCAGGCAAUGACGGAAUUGUGCAAGGAGAAAGAAGAGGUUUGAUGAGGACUGACACAGGACAUGGUAGGGAAGGCCCAUCUACACAGAUGUUAAAUUAUCAAGGCAGUCUAAAGCAAAAGAAAGUAGAGAGUCUCAACUUGUUAGCGAACAUGGGAUCUUCCACUGAAUUAUUUCCAAGCUUUUCUUCAAAAAUGUUUCAAGUUGCAGAUUAUAGCAAUAAUGAUCCAAAGGAAAAAUUUGAUCGGGGUAGGAGGAUGGACUCAAUAGCAUCUGGAACCAAACCUGCAGAUAUGGAAAGUUCAGUUUUAUUAGGAUCAUAUAUCCACAUUCCUCUUGAACAAGAAAUAAGAAACUCAGGGAAGAAGCUUACUGUAGGUAGCAGACAACCGUCCAACUAUCAGACAGCACAAGGGGAUUCUGGUAUAUUUGAUAAUGACAAAGAUCUUGGUUACAUUAGGCAGCCUAUAAAAAAUGAUUCCUGGCUUUUCAAUAAUGAGAUAUAUUAUGCCACCAAAAACGAAGAAUGGAGAUCUAGGGAUAGGAAAGCCAGCAAUGAAAAGAAAAAUGAACAUGAUAACAAAAUCUUUUCAGAAAAAUUGUACUUUCCAGCGGAGCAACAUUUUCAAUCAAAUAAUGAAUUAAAAGUUCAAUCAGAAAAUACUUCAGGAUCACCUAUGACUUACAACUAUGAUGGCAAGUUGAUUAGUAACCAGGAAAAAAACUCGCUACAAACUGACCCUGACUGGCAAGGUCUUGCACAACAGCGAAGUGGAGUUGAAAUUUUAAAGGAUGGGGAUAAUGUUCAGCGAUCUAAGGCAAGUGAUUUUUACUUUGUUGAUCAUCAUGAAUUGAUGAGGUCUACUGGUGUUGGGAGCUGUGGUUAUGAAGACACUGACACUAAUGUGAGGAGGAAUUGUAUCGUGGCGAGUACUGAGGGCUUAAGUUUGUAUGAUAAGCCAGUUAAAUAUGAUAGAAGCAGCAAUUCUGACAACAGUAUUGACAGAGCUCAAGAAGUCAGGAAAAGGCAGGAAGUGGUGGACCAUCAGGUUGUCAGGUAUGAUUGUGAUUCUGAGAAACAUCAUAGAACUGUUCAUGACAGUAAAUCUGGAGAGAGUGACACAGAGGAACACUUCAUCAAUGAUACUGUCAAAGAAAGGCCUGAUGGCUUGGAUAGUCAAAAUCCUUACAGUCGUUCUCUUGAUAUUACAGGUUUCUCUUUUCCUUCAUCUUCUUCUGUGAGUGAUGUUUCAGAAUUUAAGGAAGAACCUGAGAAAUCCUUUCUCUCAAAUAACACAAAUAUGGUAUUUUUCAAUGGGGAAAAAUAUUCUAGUCACAACAUGGCUAGUGCUAGUGACAUUCAGAUUGCAUCAGGAAGGAAGAGCGAAAAUUCUUUGUCUGUUUGGAGUGCAAGAGAUGGAAAAGUUGUUGAUGAGUUUCAUACAAUGCAGUCUAUCAACUACACACACUUCAAUUAUGAAGAGGUUGAAAGAAUGGGGAUAAAAAGAAAGGAGGGAGAAAGUUUGAUUAAUCGUAUGAAAAAAGAUGAAGAUACAGAAAGGGUAGAGGAUGAAGAAGCUGCAUCUUUAGGACAAUUGAUUCUUCAGACCAAGGCACAGCAAGAUCAGUUUGAAACAUUUGAUCUUCAGAUUGUGCAUAGAAGAAACAGAACUGGUUAUGAGGACGUCAAAGACUAUCAUGCAAUUCUAAACACUGUGAUUGCUGGACGCUAUCAUGUAAUUCAAAAUCUUGGCUCUGCGGUAUUCAGCAACGUUGUACAAGUUCACGAUUUACACACAGGGAUGGAUUUAUGUUUGAAAAUCAUAAAAAAUAACAAAGAAUAUUUUGAUCAGUGUCUUGAUGAAAUCAAACUUUUAAAGUUAGUGAACAAGCAUGAUCCUGCUGACAAGUAUCACUUACUACGUUUGCACAACUACUUCUACUAUCAUGAGCACUUGUUCAUUGUAUGUGAACUUCUAAAGGCAAACUUGUAUGAAUUUUACAAGUUCAACAGGGAGUCUGGAGGAGAGGCAUAUUUCACCAUGCCAAGAUUACAGUCAAUUGCUAUCCAGUGUUUGGAGGCUUUGCAGUUCCUACAUAAUCUUGGUCUUAUUCAUUGUGACCUGAAGCCUGAGAACAUUCUUAUGAAAAGCUACAGUAGGUGUGAGGUGAAGGUUAUAGAUCUUGGUAGCAGCUGUUUUGACACAGAUUAUCUCUCCUCAAAUGUGCAGUCCCGAUCCUAUCGGGCACCUGAGGUUAUCCUUGGGCUUCCAUAUGAUAAUAGGAUAGACAUAUGGUCUCUUGGAUGCAUCCUUCCUGAACUUUUCUUGGGCAAUGUUCUCUUUCAAAGCGACUCCUUAGCAACCUUGUUAGCUAGCAUGAUUGCAGUAGUUGGGCCAAUUGAUGAAGAGAUGCUUGUCAUGGGGGGUGAGACACACAAGUACUUUACCAAAAGCUACACGCUUUAUGAACGAAAUCAGGAUACAAAUGGAAUUGAGUUUUUGACACCAAAGAGGACCUCAUUGCAGAACAUACUUCACAUGGCAGAUCAAGGAUUUAUUGAUUUUGUUACAUAUCUUCUUGAAAUCAAUCCUAAGAAACGGCCCACAGCAAGUGCAGCAUUACAACAUCCCUGGCUUUCAUAUACUUACGAUCCUAUCUCAUCAUGAUGUUUAAAAUUUUUUUGUCUGAGGCCAUUCUCAAAUAUUCUAUACCUUAAAUUUCUACCUGAACUUCAGGAAAAGUGUCUAUAUUCUUCCAUACUCUGUCCAAUAAACCCCCUUAAAAUCAAGAGAAUGUAUGAAAUAAUUUUUCUAUUAUCAAUUUGCUUGUAAUUCUAAAUCUAUUGACUCGAUAAACACUGAAAUGCCAAGCAAUACCCAAUACCUGUAUAGUUGUGAGAUUGGAUUCAGUAUCUACGUUUUAUUUAAAUCAUGAAUUCAUGAUGCUUUGAGUUUAACAGUUAGUGAUUACAGCCUUUAGCAACAAGCGAACUGGGAUCGUAAGAUUCUUUGGUCUCUUUAAUUUGCUUUCACUUCCAUUGGGAAACUAAGGAGAAGUACAUGUUCUCAGAAUAAUUAUUUGUCUCAAUAUUAUGUAUUUCAUAUUUUUCCAGAACAUAGAGUCUCAAAAUUGUAUUUGAAUUCUUGACAACACAUUUCUGAGGUGUAUGUAAUUGACAUUUGAGAAUACAGCUGAUUCUGAUGGCUGACAAUAAUAAAAUAAUUCUUUUUUA